AUGAGCGGGUUGCAAACACCUGCAUCUAUCGGCCAGGACAAGGACGGGUUCUGCAUCGAAAAGGAUGGAUGGUUCAGCGAGUGGUGCGCCAAGAUAACGUUUCCCGCACUGAAAAACUCGGCUGAGAGGUGCUUAAUCUGCUCCGCUCUCUUACGCAGAGCCAAACAAUACGCAGUAGCAGAGUCCGGCCCAGAAGAAACCAUCAAUCUUAAGUUUCAUUUUGUUCAGCUAGGGUCCGGCAUUGAUGAUGCCGGCCUUACCAUCCAAGGGAAAGCAGAAAGCACGCGGCACUUCCGCGUGGAGUUUCGGGUUGAAAAUGUCACCCGGCAGCGAAGGAUCAUAGCACCAGUCAGCGGCGAUAGCACAGGAAGCAUUGAGGCACUGCGAUUUGUCGAAGGGCUUUUGCAGACCUGUCACGCGGCACAUACGAAGUGCGGUCGUCUGGCCAUGAAAACAGCCUGGUAUCCUACGCGGCUAAUUGAGAUUGCUCGGACUGGACCUCGCCUUCUUGUCACGAGAGACGUGGAGCCAGCGGGACCUUAUGCCACUCUCAGUCACCGAUGGGGUAGUAGCAAGAUGUUCCGAUGUCUACAAGGGAAUUUUAACGAACUCCGGAAUAAGCUACCACUUGAAGCGUUGCCAACAACUUUCAAGCAAGCUUUUGAUGUGAUUAAAGCCCUGGGUAUCACGUAUAUAUGGAUCGACUCAGUCUGCAUUAUACAGGAUUCUAAGGAGGAUUGGGCACACGAAGCACACACUAUGACUUCAGUUUACCAACAAGCGCAGAUCAACAUCGCAGCGACAUGGUCAUUGGACGACGAACCUGCAUUGUUCAACAAGCGCUCGUCAAAGCACUUGAUUUCUGAUCUGUUUCACGUGUCGAAUGGACACUUAUCGGGGAUGUUUCAAGCUGCCGAAUCCAUUCUGGAUACGGCAGCUUGGGACGCCGAACUCGAGGAGGCGCCUCUCAACAGACGGGGUUGGGUCCUUCAAGAGCGUAUACUCUCGCCGCGCUCAAUCCACUUUUUGUCAAAUCAGAUUAUUUGGGACUGUGCCGAAGCAUCCGCCGCGGAGACUUUACCUUCUGGCGAGAUGAUUCGUCGGCGACUCUUGACGGUCAACAUAGGCCCCAAGCGAAGUAUGGCGUCUUUGAAUUCUACAAAUACGCGUGACGAAGCGAUAUACCAGUGGGUGGCGAUAGUGGUAACUUACACCUGUUGCCAGCUAGCUUAUGGUUCCGACAAAUUCAUUGCCUUGAACGGAGUGAAAGACUGGAUUGCCCCUUACAUUGAGUCGGAAUACCAUUAUGGGCUCUGGAGGCUGCAUAUGGAGGUUCAACUUUGCUGGCGCUCAAGAACCCUGCAGAACUUCGAGGCGAAUCGAAACUCUAUUGCCCCGUCCUGGUCAUGGGCUUCUGUUGACGGACCUAUUGAAAUACACUCACCACCCACGCACUACUACACCUACACCCUGUUGGCGGGUGUAGUCACCGUGUAUUCGCAAGACCGCUCUGAUACAGGACAGCUUCACGUUGGCGUGCUCCACCUUCAGUGCUUCUUGUGUAAGGUCGCGGUCGAAAGUGGAUUGAAAGGAAUUUUUCUGGACGGUGCAGAAAAGAAGUGCUCGCAGGAGUUGGUUAUGGACACCCCUGGCGAGUGUGUCGACGCGGAUGGAGUGGCGUACUAUGUCGCGCCCAUUUAUGAAACAGAAAUUCAGGCUGCGGGGGUAUCAGGCAUUUACAACAUGAAGGGAAUUGUGUUGAAGACUUGUGACAAGGUACCAGCUGAUCAGCCAUUUGUGCGUUGUGGUCAUGUCUCGCUUUCGUCACGGCCCGAUCUCCAUGGGGCCGACUAUUCGAACGACUGGCGGAGUCUAUUACCAACGGCAACAGAGAAUCAACGAGUUAUCGUUAUAGUGUAG